ACCCCAGACCCAGGAAUUAACCUUUAGCACACCACCCGAUAUCAAGGCACCCCGAGGAGAUGGGCAAGGGGAGCAACCGCUCGGGUGGUUCAGGACGAUGAUCGAGCCGGUGCGUGGACAGACGCAUAUGUGGCCGAGUAUAUGUCAAGAUUGGGGCGCUAUUACUCUCGGAUCCCUCGAUGUUUCUCUUUGCGAUAUUGCAUGCUCCCCCAGUAAUCUCACGCAGAGGGGAAGCUGUUCUUAACUCGAACGCAGAAGUAUCACUUUGGGCGGCAGCUAACAAUCACUUGAAGGGAGAAUGGACUAAUAUUCAAGACGUUACAGGUCUUGCCUGGUCGAAACAACCGGACUAUGGGAUCGCACCCACCCCGAUCCUCGAUUCCUCGAUGCUUGCCCUGGGAAACAGGGCGGGUUCUAUUAUGUUUCUGAGGUUCAACAGAAACAGCGACUCUGGGGGUUCCGUCUCGUACAUCCAUACAGAACCUUUGAGUGACCACUGGAUCACGCAUCUGAGCUGGUCACCUUGGGUUAUUCAUGGUGUUGGCCAAUGUAAGGAUUCUCGUACCUAUCGCAUGAAGAGAAUCGAAGUUCAUGAUGGCGCACUGAGAAUUAAGGACAUUUUAAGUCAAAAUCAGAGGACGAGUGGCCUUUUUGUGACUUUUUCUACAUCGCUCUGA